CUACAUUUGAAAUCCUAAAAGCAGGACUAAAUUGGAACGAUCUAAACCUGGAAAACAUGAAAGAGAAGGAUUUUAAAUCCAACCACUCAAAACGUUAAUUUAAAACAAUUAUUUAAACCCAACAUCUAAGAAAAACCAACAAAAAUGAGCAAAGAUAAAAAAAAAAAAAUGGCUAAUUCCAAACAUGAUUUUGAAUGACGAAAUCGAAUCUUCAAAAUGAAUGAUGAAAUCCAAUUGAAAUCGUAGUGAAAAAGGCAAGUAAAUUGAGAAGGGUUUCAAUCGUGUGGAAGAGAAUGGGGGAGAAGAGUGAAGAACAAGGAAAAUGAGUUUUUUCGAAAUUUCAGAAGACAAUAAUAUUGUAAUUAUGCUUUUCUAAGAAGUCGGGUUCAAAAUAAAAGUUCUUCAAAACUCAAAAGGGGCAAAUUACCAAACAAAUGUACAAAAGGGUUACCCCUUCUUUGGUUUGGGUUGCAUCCGAGGGAGAAGAAGCCGUGGGUCUGAGUUCCGGUCAGUGGUCGUCAGUACAGUUGGUGUUCGCCGGCGGUAAAGUCGGUAGUUUGGCAUAGAUUGCUCGAGCGACUGUGUUAAGAGGCGGAAAAAUCGUGGUUUCGUUCAUCUUUAAUGAAAGGGUCUUGGCGUUCUCAUGGUCUUAACAGUGCUUUAGCUGGGAAAGGUGUGCUAGUGUUGGACCAGGUUUUUCAAAAUUUGAAGUCCAGUGAAUUAUUCCAGAAGGGUGCAACUGUCGCAGAACUCCUAUCAGGGUUUCCCAUUCAUGUUAGAGGCCACACACUUCGAGGGUCAUCAGAUAUCUCCAAGCCACAAUUCACUAAACUUUUAAAGCAGGUCACAAGUCACAUUUCUUCCAUCUCAAAUAUUUAUGUUCACGACGGAGCAAUUGGUCCAAGAUCAACUUGUAAUGUGAAUAUUCGAAUGAUAAGUGAUGGUCCUUCUUCUGUGUUAGCAUUUUCAAAUAUUAUCUGGGAGACUUCAUCCCGAGCAAUAUCUAAGGAUUCUUGCCCUUUGACAGUUUAUGCUGCUGAAUCUAUAAGCCCAGGGGUGAGUAAUUCAAUUGGUCUUGGAACUGAAGGAGAUAAUGGGUUCAUUGCUGCUGACAUUGAACGUUCAAUGCUCAUAGUAUGUGGAACUGCUUUCUCAGAUAUAAAUGGAACUAAAGAAACACUCGUUGCUUUAUCUGAACCUGUGAUAUUUGCUCGUGGAGGACUUCCUCUUCCUGGAAGGCUCCUAGUUUUUGGUGAUUCGGUGGUUUUGUUAUUCGCACCUGAAGAUAUCAUUCAAAGUUGUGCUGUUUUUCUGAUAUCUAGAGAUGCUGGUGUUAUUCUUUCCUCUGAAGGUGUCAUGCCAUUUUUCCGAUUUGGGGAUACGAAUACCAAUGGCCCAAAUCUCUAUAAAUUGCCUUCUGCUAUUGUUCUUAUAACUUCUGAUGACUCUAGAACCAUUCCUUCUGCUUCAAAGCUCUCUCCUGGUCAGGCUGCGUAUCACUUUUUGGCUGGGCAUCAGAAUGGUAAAUUUGUGCCUGCAUUCCACAAAGGACCUUCAUCUAUUGACCCGUUGGAACUGGCCAAGGCUUUAAUGUUUGUGUUAAAAGAGCAGCAAAUCCCAUCCUUCCUAGUCAAUGCCAAGGGAAUAGAAAGUGCAGGAAAGGAGCUUGUCACUUUAGUGGAGUCAACCCUGUCCAUGAACAUUCCACCCUUUCGAGCUAAAGGAGGUGAAAUUAAGAGAAGGUACAAAAGCUUUCUAAGCGGAAAGUAUCAACAAUUGCCUGAAGGUUUUUCAUUCUGAAGGUUACCAUUGUAGUCUUUUCUUUUAGUUUAUUACUUGGCGAUAUUUUAUUUUCAAGGACAGUGGCAGGCUUGUGUAUGCAUGGAGAUCGACAAAAUUUUCCGCUGGGAACUAACUAUCGUAGCGUGACCUUUCUUUUCUUUAUUUUCAGUCUAUGGACCCCUGUUUUGUUUUAUUUUAUUUGGUUGUUUGGCGCGGAGAAAAAGUUCCAAACUCUAUAUAUUUGGAAAUAUUUAUUUCGAAAUAGCUAAAAUGAGAUUAUAGAUUGUGAUUGGUUGUA